AAAAUGAAUUUUAUUGUUGACUCUAGCUAAAACAUAAUUUGUCAUACAUAUUGAAUUUACAGUUAAAUAGGAAAAUUAUAUCCAUAAUUUUCCCCAAUAUUUUUUUCGCAAGAUGACACACUUCGUAAUAAAAACAAAGAAGCCAAAGCGAUAUGAUACUCAUCUAUUUGCAGAAGAUAACAAGAAUGGACAGUGGUAUCACAAAAUGAUUGGCUUUCAUUUUUUUUUUUGUGGUUAAAAGUUGAUAUGAAUUUUGAACCACAUUAUGCCUCUUUACAUCCAUGUCCGACUAGUCGGCAGGAAGUGAAAGAAGGAGCUCCGAUGGCUGGCAACAGACCUCAUGUGUUGGCCGUUCCACUCCCGGCCCAAGGCCAUGUGAAGCCGCUCAUGAGCCUCUGUCGCCAAAUAGCCAAACACGGCAUUAAAGUUACCUUUGUCAAUGCAGAGUCUAUCCAUCACAAAAUACUUUCCGCGUCUCCUCAACAAGAUGAAGAUGAUUCCAUUGUGAUGGAAACUGUCCCCGACGGUUUCACUCCCGAAGAUGAUCCAAACAACCCCUUUACGCUGCUCGAGACUCUCCCAAAGACAAUGCCGCAAUCCUUAACAGAUUUGAUUCAAAGGAUCAACUCCUCCAAUCCUAACGAGAAGGUUACCUGUCUAAUUGCUGACCUCUCAUUUUAUUGGAUUUUCGACACUGCAGAUAAGAUGGGAGUUGAGCCUGUCGGCUUCUCGCCGCCUUCCGUUGCUUGCUUGGCUUUCUUGCUUCACGCUCCCAAACUCUUGGAGCAAGGAAAUCUCAAUAUAAAUGGAUCUCUCCAUAAUGGAGAUGCAAUUAGUCUUUCAAACGAUAUACCUUCUUGGAGGAAAGAUGACCUUCCAUGGAGUUUCUCUGGCGACCCGAAAACGGAAAAGGUCUUCUUCGAAAUUGUGAAAGGAUACAAAGAAGCUAGCAAAGCAAAGUGGUGGCUUUGCAACUCCUGUCAUGAGCUCGAACCCGCAGCUACUGAGUUGCUCCCGAACGUCUUGACAAUCGGGCCCUUAAAUUUACUUGACAACAAUGUCAAAUCAACCAAUUUCUUCUCUGAAGAUUUAUCCAGUUUAUGCUGGUUGAAUGCCCAAGCAGAUGGAUCUGUGGUAUAUGUUUCUUUCGGAAGUUUAGCAGUUUUCUCUCAGCAGCAGUUGGAUGAGUUGGCUCUCGGGCUUGAGCUAUCGGGCCGGGCUUUUCUAUGGGUCGUCAGACCCGAUCUCGCCAAUGGGUCGCGGGUCGUUUAUCCUCCCGGGUUCGGGAUUGGGCUCGGGAAGAUAGUGGAAUGGGCACCUCAAAAUAGAGUCCUUUCGCAUCCAUCCAUUGGAUGUUUCGUGUCACACUGCGGAUGGAACUCGACUAUUGAAGGGGUGAGCAAUGGGGUCCCUUUCAUUUGUUGGUCCUAUUUUGCUGACCAGUUGCAUAAUGAGAGGUACAUUUGUGAAAAGUGGGGGAUUGGAUUGAAAAUUGAUUUUGAUGAAAAGGGGAUUAGAUCCAGAUAUGAAAUUAAGAACAAAAUUGACAUGCUUUUUUCUGAUAAGAAGUUCAAGGAAAACGCAUUGAAAUUGAAGGAAUUGUGUAGCAAGAGUGUUGCUGAUGGUGGAACGUCUUGCAACAACCUAAAAAAAUUUAUCGAUCAUCUUCAUAGGAAAUGAAGGAUGGUUUUUAUUUAUUCCUGAAAUUAUUUUAAUACUCAUAUUUUAUCAACCCUAUUUAAAUGUAAUCUGUCUUCACCAUUUUGAGUAUAUGUUCGGUAUUUGGUUCUAUAAUAA